AUGACCAAAGACAACGACAACCCACCGACCAGAACAGGCAAAGACCAAGCCACCGACCGUCUACACCAAGUCUCAUCCCAUAUAUCCCCACCAAAAGACCAACCAAGAAAGCCAAAGCCAAAGCCAAAGUCCACAGAAAACCGCCUCCCAGCUGACCACUCAGAUGUACUAGGCCAACUCUCAGCUCUGCGCGAAAUAGCCGCAAAACCAGACCCCAACAACCGAGGCUACGUACGGCAAAAGCAAGCAGGCAAGCUAUGGGUACGCGAGCGCAUCGAGCAACUCCUGAGACCCCAACAGCUUUCAAGAAAUCGGCUCCUGACAUGGCAGAAGACCGCACCGAUGCGCGAGAAGCCCGUCUCCUUUGUGCCAAGCAAUAACAUCCAAGGCGCCGGACUCCUUCGCGGCAGGAAGGUCCUUCUCACGGCUGAUGAUUUCAGUAUCCGGUCUGGACAUGCAGACGGCGCGAGCCACGGAAAGACGGUUUAUGUGGAGAAGCUUGCUAUUGCGCUGCGUGUGCCGGUUGUUAAGCUUGUUGAUGGGAGUUCGGGGGGUGGGAGUGUUACGACGAUUCGGAAGGAGGGGUGGAGUUAUCUUCCUCAUGUUGCGUCCUUUCCGUAUGUUAUUCAGCAGUUGAAUAUGGGGAUUCCGAAUUUGGGGGCUGUUGUUGGACCUGCGAUUGGACUUGGUGCCGCGAGAGUGGUGUCUUGUCACUUCUCCGUGAUGGCAGCUGACAUCGGAGCACUGUUCAAUGCAGGCCCGAAGGUUGUUGAGGGCGCAACUUUCGAAGAAGGUCUCGACUUCCAAGACCUGGGUGGGCCUAUGGUCCAUUGUAUGAACGGCACGAUCGAUAACCUCGCUGCCAAUGAGGCAGAAUGCUUUGAGCAGUUGCGGGUAGUUCUGAGCUAUCUUCCCAACAGUGGGAGCGAUGCGCCGCCAACAAUUCCCUGUACUGACUCGGAAGAGCGCGAGGAUAUUGCACUGCGGAGUAUCAUACCUCGACGACAAGCACGCAUGUACAAUGCCCGCUCAAUCAUCACGUCUGUAGUCGAUAAAGACUCGUGGUUCGAGAUCGGAGCAUUAUGGGGACGGACUGCAAUUGGUGGACUUGCACGCCUGGGUGGCCGUCCUGUUGGGAUUGUCUCUCUGAACUGCGAAGUGAACGGAGGCGCACUGGAUGCCGCUGGCAGCCAGAAAUUAACGAGGCUGCUGAAGUUGUGUGAUGUGAUGAAUCUGCCUGUUCUGCAGUUUUUGGACGUCCCGGGUUACGCCAUUGGAACCGUUGCAGAGCGCACGGCGGCAAUGCGUUGGGGUGUCGAGCUCGCCAAGGCUUACUUCAGCACCACUGUUCCGGUCUUCAGUGUGGUCACACGGCGUGUCUUUGGUGUGGCCGGUGGUGUUAUGUUGGGUUGUCGUGAUCCGUCUAUGCAGGUUGCUUGGCCGUCUGGACAGUGGGGUUCGUUGCCUCUGGAUGGCGGAAUUGAGGUUGGGCAUCGGCAUGAGCUGCGUGAAGCUGAGAAGGUUGGAAAGAAGGAGGAGCGGUAUCAAGAGUUGGAAGAGGAGUACCUGCGGCUGAUGAACCCUGUUCGUACAGCGAAUGCGUUUGGGAUUGAGGAAAUUAUCGACCCGAAGGAUACGCGGAAGGUGUGCUGUGGAUGGGCAUCGCAUGUAUAUGAGGUGCUUAUGAAAGAGAGAUUAGCAGACCGAGCCUGUGGGAAGGUCCAGCCUUCUUUUGCCUGA